AUGGCCUCACCCCAAGCAAAACGGCCACCACCACCACCAACCCACGUCCUCGAGACGGCACUUCAGGUGCGUGACGUCGCUGCGUCGACCAAGUUCUACAAGGAAACACUGGGUGUGGAGCCCAGUCUGGACACGCCACGCAUGUCUGUCUUCCCACUCGGCCAAACCACACUCCUCCUAUUCCAGCUUGGCGGCACCGCGUCCGACAGCAUCUUGCCGGACAACCGAGGCGUGAUUCCUGGCCACGGGCCCAGCGAGGACAUCCUGACUCUCCUCCAACCGGAGAAAACAACCACAGGCCAGCAGCCAAACACCACAGACACAAACCCAGACACAGACACACACUCGCAUCUCAAACAGCACUUCUGCCUGGCGGUGCCAAGCGUCGAGGACGUGCAUGCCUGGGAGGCGUGGUUCGCGGACUGUGGCUCGGGCGUGCGCGUGACGGCGACGGUCGACUGGCCCAAGGGCGGGCGGAGCGUGUAUUUCGCCGAUCUCGACGGGAAUGUCGGCGAGAUUGGGAGUCGUGGGAUAUGGGAUCAUUACUAG